AUGAUGAUGGAGUCUGGCGACUUCAAGGCUUUGGAGAAUGAGGUGGCCAAGUAUCAUGCCAAGAUCUUGCAAAAAGAAAUCCAAGUGCAGUGGGUGACAAAGAACUGGCUCAUGCGUGAGCGGCACUGGACAAAGUCCAUGUGUGACAACGCCUUUGCGUGGGCAAAAGAGAAAGGCUUGUACCAAGUCAACCCCGUGCACAAGGAAGAGGAAGCCUCCCUCGUGAUUGAGAACUUUUACAAGGUUCAAGAAACGGAGGGCCAGACUAUGACGCAGCGAGCAUCCUUCGAGACCGAGGCUUGUGAAAUCCAGGGCCACCUUGAUGAGCUCAACAAGCACUACGAACACUUGUCAAAGCUUCAGGGCGACGCGAUGGCAUCCAGUGAUCCGCGCUCCUUGGACAAGAGCAUCAAAGAGGUGAUGGCCGAAGUCACAAAGCGCGACGUUGCCAUGAACAAUUGCAUCGUGCGGGACGCUGAAGGCGCCAGCCAAACCGACUACAAGAGCACUUGA